AUGUCCUCUCUCUCUAGACACAUCUCCACUUCCAACCCAUCUUCAUUCAAGGUGGCCCUCAUCCAUCGCGACUCUCCUUUCUCCCCCCUGUAUGAUCACUCUGCCUCUCCCUCCGACCUCCUUCAGCGUUCUGCACAACGUUCCAUCUCCCGCCUACGCCACAUGAGCUUGGUUCUCGCUGCCGAGUCUUCGCCAUCAAAGCUUCAAUCGACGGUGAAGGCAGGUCCUAAUGAGUUCCUCAUGAAGGUCGGGGUCGGGACUCCGGUGAACAGUUUCUGGCUUAUUGCCGACACGGGGAGCGACUUAAGUUGGAUUCAGUGCCUCCCUUGUGAACGCUGUUUUAACCAAUCAGUCCCAAUUUUCGACCCCAAAUCGUCUUCCACAUAUCAACAACUAGCUUGUUCUUCCCCCCAGUGCCAAGCCCUUGCGAUGGAUGCGGGGUGCUAUGGUGAAUAUUGCCAGUACUCCAUGUCAUAUGGCGAUGGAUCGAGCACCAGUGGCCCACUUUUAUCUGAAACCUUCAUCUUCGAAACCCCGGAAUCCACCAUUUCCGACAUUAUUUCCUCGACCACCAGUGCUAAACAGACUACCGAUCAUGGAACCAGUGCCAAAAUCAAGCGACUUGCGUUCGGGUGUGGCACUUCAAACGCCGGGUCCUUUGGCAAUGAUAAUGAGCAAGGCCUGGUUGGGCUUGGAGGUGGACCCUUAUCCCUAAUCUCACAAUUAGGGCGGUCGAUUUCAAACAAAUUCUCGUACUGCCUACCAUCAAGGCUCGACGAGAAUGUGACCAGCGUGUUGAAUUUCGGCGAGAAUGCCGAUAUCCAGGCGUCUGAUGUUUCAAGCACACAAUUGAUUCAGCUCGAAGGUAACCCUACCUUCUUUCUAUUGAAUCUAACAGGCAUCAGCGUCGGGUCGAAGAGGCUAGACAUACCUCCACUUUACUUUGAUCCAACCCAAAAUGGAGAACCGUUCCUGAUAGAUUCAGGCACCUCUCUGACUAUCCUGGGGCCUGAUGUUUACGAUAAACUGGCCGACGAAGUCGAGAAAGCGAUCGAUCUUCCAAAGACUGAUCCUCCCAGGCCAUUUAGUCUUUGUUUCGAGGUCCCUGAUUCCGGUAAUAUUACCGGACUACCGAAUAUUACGUUCCACUUUUCAGGUAACGCCGACUGGAUAAAUGGGCCAGAGAAUUCAUUUAUUCCCCUAGAUGAUGGGCAUAUGAUUUGCUUGGGAAUACUAGGUGCUUCUCAGGGUAUGUCCAUUUUAGGAAAUUGGGCUCAGCAAAAUAGGGUGGUGGAGUAUGAUGUUGGAAAGCGAAUGCUUUCCUUUGCACCUGCUCGUUGUGGCGAGGUUUAG